AUGUAUCUCAGCCAUGGCAUUUUGUCCGCGAUUUAUUUUGUUGGAGCUGACGCAGCGGUGAAUUUGCUCACAGAUAUCACUAAAAUAUCUCGGAUGUGGGGUCAGAUUUCUGUUUAUGCUAAUAAUGAAGAGAAUGUCUUUGGUGUUGACUAUGUCGGACUUCCCGCUGGAUGUCAAAUCGAAUCCGCACAUACGCUUCAACGCCAUGCGCAAAGAUUUCCAAUUGGCUAUGAGGAGGAUGGAAUAAACAACGAAAGAUUUGCGGGAAAAGUGUCAAAUUUCACGAAAUCAAGCAAUUCCACGUCCGAAUUUACUGGACCCCUAGAAUUUUUGAAUAGCUAUACCUAUACCAUGGAAACCACAGGUCUUCUUACCGGCCUCGGCGCAGCGACGGAAUUCUCAUCAGGCGUGCAGUUCUGGAAUCAGUACGGAAGAACUCUCUUCAACGCAUCCGUUGGUCAAAAGUCUUACAAUGCUUCAUUCGAAAACGGAACAUUGCGUGAACCAAUCGUCAUGCGAACAACAGAUCAAGCGCGAAUUCAGAAUUCGGAGAUCAAUUGGGCCCUUGGAUUCUUUGGACCUACCUACCAGACAGUUGCAAAUCAAGAGCUUACCAAUUGGACAUCGCCAUUUGAACUUGUGAUAAUCCCAGAAGGAGGGACCGAGAACAACACUUUGGCGGCGUAUGAUAGUUGUUUUAACGAUUUUGACCCAAUCAUUGGGCAACUUGGUGAUUUAGACGUGUUUACAUAUAUUCCCAAGUAUCUUGGGCCCGCGACGAAGCGACUUCAGGAGUAUGCACCACAAGGAUUUACUCUUACAACAAAUGACACGUAUGCAAUGCAAGUCAUUUGUGCUUAUGAAUACAACUUCCUUGGGUCUUCUGACUUCUGCUAUCAUUUCACUGCUGAUGAGUGGGCUGGAUUUGAAAAUACUUUGGAUAUGGCUUAUUACUACGACUAUGCUUUUGGAAACCCGACUGGAAGAGCUCAAGGAAUCGGAUAUGUCCAAGAGUUACUUGCACGGUUGCAAAAUGAAUACAUCACCGUUUCAAACUCAUCGGUCAACUCAACUUUGGACGACAACACGACGACUUUCCCACUAGCCCAGAAGUUUUAUGCUGAUUUCUCUCACGACGACAUAAUUGUCUCGGCAUUGACAGCUAUGUCUCUUGACUAUUUAAAAGACCCUCCUUCCCUUACUCAAUUUCCACCAAACCCCAACCGUCAUUUCAUCCUCUCCCAAAUCACACCCUUCGGUGCCCGUCUCAUCACCGAGGUCAUAGGCUGCACCAGCGAAGAUCCGGCGCCUAUGAAGAAAUCUAGAACGCAAUAUACACCUUCGCAAUACGGUUAUGACCCAGCCAACGCGACGACAAAGUUCGUCAGGAUACGAUUGAAUAAUGGUAUACUUCCGCUCGACACCAUUCGUGGCGGAGCUUGUGGUAAUUCAACUGGUGGUCGUGUGGAUGGUAUGUGUGAGAUGAGUGCGUUCAUUGAGAGUCAAGCGAAUAGUUACCAGUUGAGUAAUUAUGACUAUGCUUGUUUCGCGAAUUACACGGUUGCGGAUCCGACGAGUGGACAAGAUUAUGAUGGAGCAAUCAGAGAUUGA